AUGGCUUUUCAUCUCGACAUCUGGCGUCUCAGGAUCGAUGGCUUCGCAAACAAAACUGGAUACAACUCUGUUCUUCAAAUACACUUGUGCUCGCUGUCUCAUGACGCACUGCACGCGGCGGGCGCUUUGCUAUGCGCAGCUUGGGCGGGCGCGCGCGGACGCGUGGCCGUGGCUGUUACUCUCGGCGCGCUCGUGGCCGCCAGCGCCGCUAACGUCAGCAGCGCCUACGCGGACUCCGGCCAGCAUUUGCCCGGCUUAUACGAAGCAUACGUUGCCAUAAUUGAACGACCCUGGGCGAGGGUGGUGCCCUACUUUAUCGGCGUAUUUACUGGAUGGAUGGUGCAUAGGACCAACGGGAGAGUUUCGUUCUCUAAGGUGACGGCGUCUUGCCUGUGGUCAGCGUCAGCAUCGACGCUGCUGACGUCAGCGCUGGUUCCGUGGCUGGCGCUGGACUGGCUGGCGGCCUGGGUGCACCUCACGUGGCCGCUCGCUCUACUGUGGCCGACGCUCGUCUGCUCCACUAACUACGCCUCUGUAGCCCGUAAGCUGCUGGACAGCGGCGCCGCUGCAGCGCUGAGCCGACUGAGCUACGGCAUGCUUCUACUUCACGCGCCCGUCGCGCGCGCGCUCGUGCUAGCCGCUGGAAGCGCUUUGAGCGCACACGCUGCUUGCGUGUGGGCAUACUUUGCCGGGACCACCCUGCUAACAAUCAUCGGGGCAUUAUUCCUAUCACUGCUGGUGGAGAUGCCUUGCUGCAGCCUGCUGAGACGACUCUCCGAUUGCGCUACCGUGUAGUGCUUACACGCUCCGGUAGAUGGCGCCAGUAAUUGUAUGAGAUAAGUGCUGUUCUAUUUCUCUCGCGAAUCAAGACCCUAGAUUUAAGACUUUUGUUACAGUUAUGCCACGCCGAAGUGAAUUUUCCGCCGAUUUGGAUAAUACAAUUACUAACACGUUUGUAACUUAGUCAAGGAGGGUGCCAAAAUUCAUAUGACGUUACCAUAUGAGCGAUCAUGUACAGACUAUGGCACAACAAGACAUAUAUUGUGGCAUAUUUAGUUGUAAUACGUGCUAUUUAGCAAAAUGUAUAGUCUGAUGUGCUGACUACUGCAUUAAGAAA